AUGGAAAUGGAAAAUCAAAACUCCACUGUAACCCUUUUCAUUUUCUUAGGCUUUUCAAAUGAACCAUUAGUCCAAAUGUUCCUCUUCUUCACUUUCUUAUUUAUAUAUAUCAUAACACUAAUGGGAAAUAUAACAAUCAUGAUGAUAAUAAACGGAAAGAGCAGCCUCCACAGUCCAAUGUACUUUUUCCUAAGUCAUCUCUCUUUUAUCGAUAUUUGUUUUAGUUCAGUUACAGUGCCAAAACUGUUGGCCAAUGUCUACGGGUACAGGACAAUUUCACACAAUGGCUGCAUCACCCAGAUGUUUUUCAUUUUGUUAAUAGCAACCACUGAAACUUUUGUGCUUGCAGCAAUGGCUUACGAUCGAUAUGCUGCCAUCUGUAAGCCCUUGCAUUAUGCACAAAUCAUGAAUCUGUCAUUUUGUAGGCAGUUGGUGGGAGGUGCAUGGGCCAUGGGUUUCACACAGGCAUUGUCAAAUACAAUACCAACAAUAAGGCUAAUGUUCUGUGGUCCAAACAUUAUUAGGCAUUUCAGCUGUGAACUCCCAUCUUUACUCACACUAUCCUGCUCUGACCCUUUUCUGAAUAGCCUGACAUUUCUUGUUACUGCUUGUAUACUCAUAUUCUUUUCAUCCACUGUUAUUUUAUGGUCUUAUAUCAACAUUAUCUCUUUAAUUCUGAAGAUUCAUUCAGCAGAAGCUAAAAGGAAAACCUUUUCUACUUGCAGUUCUCACCUCAUCAUUGUGGGUCUGUUUUAUGGCACUGGGUGCCUUAGAUAUAUGAGGAUAAACUCAGCCUCCUCAAUUAUCAUGGAAGAAUAUUUUUCUGUUCAAUACAGCAUUUCAACCCCCAUGCUGAAUCCCAUUAUCUAUAGCCUAAAAAACAGGAGCAUUAAAGAAGCAAUCAAGAAAUUAAUUAAAUGUAUACCUCCAUCUUCAGGGCGCAGGAAAUGA